AUGUCUGGAAACCCCCCCAAAGCUAUGAUGGCAGAGUCCAUUUACUUGCCUCCAAAGCCAACCUUGGGUGGUCUUACUUGCCAAUCGGCCCGUGAAAUGGUUGCCUACACUGGCGGGAAGCCCAACGCAACGUGGACCAAUCUUGCUGAACCUACCAAAUGGGAAACGCCUAACGUAAUUUGCCCCAACGGAGUCAGCGACAAAUGUAAGAACUGGAACUUUCUUACGCAGGCCCCAACAAAGUUGUUCUCAAAGUCGGAUACGUCCUACCUACAAACCACCUGGAUUGCUGACCAGGUCAAGCAUUUCCGCGAGGGCGGCCUCAACUCAGUCAUGUACCGCCCUAGUAUUGCGGACCCGACCGAUAUGGUAAAUGUCAUGGAACACCAUGAGCAGGUGACCUUGACCCAUGUUCUUGAAGUCGAAGAAGAUGUUUGCAGCAAGUGGGACGCCUACAGUUGUUACAACAACAAGGCAAGCUCCAACCGCAUCCUCAACUCAAUCAGUGCUGAGCUUAGUGAAGAAUUGAGGCUUCGGAUGCUCCCGACGGACACAGCGGCCGUCUUGUGGAUGAGAGUUAUGAAACUGGUGGUGGACGGCUCUAUUGAGCAUUACAACCGCCAGAAGGAUGCCCUUUGUGCCCUCAGCCCGUUGUCCGAGCCUGGACAGAAUGUACACACGUACUCUGGUAAGGUCCGCCUCAUUUGCAACGAGCUCUGGCAUGCCCGCCAGUGGGAAUGGCCUUUAAUGCUUGUGAUUGUCCGCCAGUUGUGUCUUGUUACGGUCAAAGCUUUCCAGUCAAUGUUCUUACCAAUCAAGAUGGCAAUGGACCGUACCUUGACAGAGAUCUCUUAUCUUGACCGGACUUUGGCAACUGCGGUGAUGGUAAAGAAAGGGUACCACUAUACCCAAUUUCUAACCCUUGUUGAGGACACUUACAAGUCUCUUCUUGACAACAAGGACUGGCCGCCAGCAAGCAAUCAAAAGGAGACCCAAGGUGCCCCAACUGCUUUCUUGGCUGGGAUGUUGGAGGUCCAGCUCAAUGCGCUGGUCCAAUUGCAUGUCAACAAGACUUUGAAUGCUGAAAAGAAAGUAUUCAAAUGUUUUAAGUGCGGCCAAACUGGCCACUUCUCUCGCGAUUGUAAGCAGCCGGCCUCAGAGGGAGACAAGACUCCGUCCGACAGCAAGAAGCCUAAGGCAAAGGAAACCGGAUGGCGUGUUGAAGCCCCUGCUGCUGGAGCCACUCAGACUAAGGUGGUCAACAGUAAAACAUACCAUUGGUGCGCUACUUGCAACAAUAAAGACGGCCGCUGGAACCUCACUCACGUUAUGGCCUCGCAUACCACUGGAGCCGGUCGCCGGGGAAAAUUUGAUUCACCGGCCCCUUUGGGCCUCAUGGCUGAAGGUCGGGGGGACCCCGAUCUUUCUUUCCGUUUGCCGCCAAGUAUUGCUCUGUCAUCUCUGACGGCCUAUGCACUCCUCACUUUGUUUGAUGAGCCCAUUCCGCCGGGAGAACAGCAGUGCCUCUCAGUUACCGCAUUGUGCCGCUCUCCAGCUGUGGCCGGUGUUGCUGUCUAUGCCGGUACCAGUGUGGAUGCCAAACCGGACAGUUUCCCAGUCAUUUGGGACACUGGUGCUUCGCUCUCAAUCUCCCAUGAAGCCGGAGACUUUGUUUCUGAGGUCCGUCCUCCACCAACGCCGCUGGUUUUGAAAGGCUUGGCCAAAGGCCUUAACAUUGUGGGUGUGGGCACUGUUGAAUGGUUGGUAUUGUCUCAGGACGGGAUGCCUUGUCUGCUGUGUUUGGAUGCCUAUCUUGUCCCAUUGGCUGGGCAGCGUCUCUUGUGUCCGCAGUCGUACAUCCAGCAGCAGCAGCAUCUCCUACCCAGUGACCCUGGCAAAUUUGUUGUUGAUUGUGAUGGUAUGUCUUUGGUUGGUGCCGGAGACAACACUGUCCGUGUUCCCUUCCAGACCUCCAAUAACUUGCCGUUGUGCAUGGCCUGGUUGCCCUCUGGCUCUCCUUCCCUUGUGGCAGAACUCAAUUUGUGUGUGACCAAUGCCCAAAAUCAGAAUUUGAGUUUGGCCCAAAAGGAGUUGCUUUGUUGGCAUUAUCGCCUUGGGCACUUGCACUUUGAGUCCAUUUGCCGUCUUCACCGGACGGGCGCUUUGUCCCAGAGUGCCAAAGUCCGUGCUCUCCACCGUUUGGCUGCCAAUUGUGACCUUCCAAAGUGCGCAUCCUGCCAAUUCGGCAAGGCUAAACGUUGUCCCUCUCCUGGUAAGGCCCAGACCAUUGUCCCGGCACAUGAUGGCUCCAUCAAAAAGGAGCAUCUAUCUCCUGGACAACAGGUCUCUGUUGACCAUUUCAUUUGCUCUGCUAAAGGCCGGCUCUCCUCUUCCAAGGGGAAGACAACCGAUGAUCGGAUGUUUUCGGGCGGCUGUUUGUUUGUUGACCAUGCUUCUAGCCUGGUUCAUGUUGAGCAUCAAGUUUCUCUCACUUCCCAUGAGACCUUGCAGGCUAAGCACCGCUUUGAAACCAUGACCCGGGACCGUGGCGUGACGCCACAGUCCUACUUGUCUGACAAUUCAACGGCCUUUACCAAUGCUGAAUUCACUGUUGAGCUCCGCAUUUUCCGCCAAGUCCAGCGUUUUGCCGGUGUUGGCGCUCAUCACCACAAUGGUGUGGCUGAGCGCAACAUUCAGACCAUCAUGGCAAUGGCCCGCACCAUGAUGUUGCAUGCUGCUAUUUGUUGGCCUGAAGUUGCUGAUCCGUCUCUCUGGCCCAUGGCUGUUGACUAUGCCAUAUACCUGCACAACCACCUCCCCACCGUCUCCGCUGGUCUGGCUCCUAUUGAUGUCUUUACUGGGAUGCUCGAUCCGACGCUUCAGGACAGGAAGAAGCUGCCUAGAUGGAAGCCUUGCUCGAGACGUGCUGUUUUUGUGGGUUUCUCUCCGAAACAUUCCACAACCAUUCCCCUUGUUGUCAAUCUUGUCUUGGGGGCCAUUAGCCCGCAGUUUCAUUGUGUUUUUGAUGACUGGUUUUUGACGGUUUUUUCGGAUCCGGACCGGAUUCCUGAUUUUGAACAGUCUCCAUGGACCAAUUUGUUCAGCAAGAGCCGUUUCCAGUACCCGUUUGACGCCGAUGAUGGUUCUCCUCCUCCAUUGGAAGAGCAAUGGCAUGACGAGUUUGCCGAGCGUACGGCCUCUGCAGCUUGUGAGCUCAUUGUUCGCGAUGCCCAGGACGAAGCCUUGUCCGGAGCCAAUGCCGCUCCACCGCUUGAACCUGUACCAUCCGGCCCCUCUCUGGCCGGAGUGCCCACUUCUCAGCCACCAGAGCCCCUCAGCGCUCCUCUGCCGACUGUUCCGCGUGUUCGUUUCAGUCCCGACGUUGUUGCUCCACUGGCUCAGAGGGAGCCGGACCCCGCUCCUUUGGCUGUCCCCUUGUCGUUCUACUCUGGGAAAGCCGAGCAAAUGCUUUGCCAAUCUGGAAUGGCACCUGGCCCAGACUGA